UCACAGGCGCUCGAGCAGCGCAUCAUUUGCUCAAAACAUGCCAAAGGACUUUGCUCAGCCAAACUCGGCCGCAGCCUUCGCCGGUGCCCGCAGUCCUCCCAAAGCAAAGAGUAUGGCUGUCAGAGCUCCUCAUACUCCUCUCUAUGUCUAACACGCGAUAGACACUUCGCAUGUGCCAUGCAAGUUCUACCCUUUCGGCACCUGUCAAGCCGGCGCGGCUUGUCAGUUCUCCCACGACAUGGACCCCAUGACGCAGAAUGCGCCUUGCAAAUACUUUGCCAAGGGUAGCUGCAGGUUCGGUCAAGGAUGCGCCCUCGCCCAUAUCCUCCCCGACGGUCGAGUCAUCAACAGGCCUCCUCGCGGAGGUCAACCUUUCAAUUAUGGCCGCCGUGGUCCUCAACCAUACGCUCCCGCCCCGCCCUCUUUGCUCACCAUGCAAGCCAAUGACCUCGCAUCGCAACAGCAGCAACAGCCACAAGAGAUGGGAUAUCCCAAGCAAGAAGACGUACCAAAUCUGCCGAACGCUGCGCCAUACCUCCAGGCUUCACAACCUCUAUCACUCGACCCGAGUAACGCCUAUGGUUCUCCAAUGAACGACAAUCGUUUCGGAGCAUCCCCAAAUGCCAGAGGACUGAGUGUUCUGGAUGCGCCGCUGCCUGGUUCGUUCGACAGCCAAGGUAUCUCACAUGCUGCUCGUCACGGUCCGUUUGCAUCAUCCGUCCCUCCUCGUCUCGGCAAUGGUCUGGAGUCACCCCCUUCGUCUUUGCCUAACAAGGCCUUCCUCGGAAGCACCUUGCGCGGACUCGGAAACACCACUCUCGAUGGUGUACUGGCCGGCUCCUCCCCUCCUACCUUUGAGGAGCCAAUGAGCUUCGGAAAGAGACCCCUGCACUCGGAGAGGUUCUCGCGACCUAGACCUAUGAUGUCCGCUAGUGUCGGCACCAGGCCUUCGUUCUAUUCACACUUCCCACCGGAUGCUACUGAUUCCGAAGAGAGCGAAGAGGAGGGCAUUGGCGAGGAUCUUCUGCCUUCAAGUCUUCAUGAGCUUCUUUCUCCAGAGAAGCUGCGCAGACCAUCGCAACAAAUCGAAGACGACAUCAACCCAUCCUUCCUGUCUGCUGGCCGUCGCGCAAUCUCGAACGGACAACUACCUGUGGACAACAAGGUGGGAAGUGUUAGCCCCCACACCGGCAGCCCCUCACGAUACAGCUCGAUCUGGUCAACAGGCUCGUACCGCAAGGAGGGAGAGAACGGAUUCGGUCACAUCGGAUCGCCCCUACGACCAUCUUCAUUGCGUUCAUCCUCCCUUGCCGGAGGCGACUUUGGCUCUCUUAUCGGUAGCCCACCUAAACAAGGAAGCAUGUCGAUGCUCACACGCGAGCUACAGGGCACUAGAAUCUCCGAGAAGUCUCCCUCUUUGCACCCUGGUGUUCCUCGUACCUCCUCUAGCGAUUCACGCUCUACUCUGCGUGCAGGACUCGACAGAGGUAUCAGCAGUAACAGCCUCGGACGCAACGAGACUAUCGAGGAAGAGGACCAAGGCUUGUUCUCCAUGGAAGAGGAAGACGAAUUUGAGAACUCGUCGAGGAAGCCCUCUGUCUCGCCCAUCGGUCUUCUCCCUGGAAAGAGUGAGCCCACUCUCGGACCCAUCGGUGGACAAAGAACCACCAAGUAAACGGGGUACAACUAACUCGAAAAUCAUCUGUCAAUAAAUGUUUUUGGAAGGAUUGCUUUGACGAUUCAUGAAUAUGGAGGCUCGAUUGUUCU